AUGUUCGAUGAGUAUCUGCAAUGCGGCGAGACGACUGGCAACGAGUGCCUGAAGAAUUUCUGUCAGGGCGUGCGAGAGAUAUUUGGGGAGCACUACCUUCGCUCGCCGGACGCAGCAUUGACUGCCCGGUUCCUGCUGGAUUGGCAUUGGAGGACCCACGGCUUUCCGGGGAUGCUCGGCAGCAUCGACUGUAUGCACUGGCAGUGGGAAGAACUGCCCAACCGCGUGGCGAGGCCAGUUCACUACCGGCUACAAAGACGAUCGAGAUGCCCACUCGGAGAUAGAAGAAGGUAUUUUGCCCGAGCGCAAGAGUCUGCGCGCAAGGAUGUGGAGAGGGCAUUUGGGGUGCUCCAAUCGCGAUUUGCACUGGUAAAGGGCCCGACGCGCUUUUUCUACCAGGGGGAUAUUGCCGAUAUCAUGUAUGCGUGCAUCAUCAUGCAUAACAUGAUCAUCGAUGAUGAACACGAAGGCGUCCUCGACGUCACCAACGACCCAAGUGUUGCAUCAUCGAGUCACGGUGUCUCAACCGAGUCCGCCCGCCAGGGUGUACCGCACAACGAACAUGAACGGUUCCAGGCGUUCAUGGACAUACACCAGAAGGAGGCCCAUCAAGCACUACAACACGAUAUCAUCGAAGAAUUGUGGGCGCGGGAAUGUGGGAUGAGACCCCACACGGGAGUCCCCCUCAGAUUUUCUGGGAUUUCUCUGGGGCGUUCGCAGGAAAAUUUUCGCCCUACUCCCGAAGAUUGUCAAUUUGGCGAUGCCCCGGGGAGAAGGGUUCAGGGUUUUAAAGAAGAUAGAUUGUAUGCUUUGGGAGUGGGAAGAACGCCGACGCUCGGGAAGGCCUACACGACCGGCUACAAGUCAAAGAACCCACGAAAUCCUCGAGGGCCCUAG